AAUGGGAUUUCUGCAAAGUACCGCGAGGCUGGACUUCCUGUAUGAAUGUCACAUGACCAAAUUGGAGUCGUAUGAUGUGAGUUUUCGUGUUUGGGGUUACUGGCGGCUGCAGAGGGACGCUGUGCUCCCUGGAAACGCUUCGGUCCGGUGGGCCACACACACCAUGCUCCUCGCAGCUCCACCUUCAUGUGAGCCUCCCCGCGCUCAGGUUCGGUAAUCCUCCAUAACGCGCCAUGGCCUCCGAGCAGCACGCCGGCCGCCUCUCCCAGCCCAGUGCAGAGUACUUCUUAUGGGACUAUCGCCUCCAGCUCAUCGGCCUUGGCUUCGGCUUCUAUACUGCAGUGUUCCUCUUCUGUCACCUCCUGUCUGUGUCUCUGUGCCGGACCUACAAGUCCCUGCUGGCCAAAGAAAAGGUUUUUUGGAACCUUGCUGCCACCCGGGCAGUGUUUGGGAUCCAGAGUACAGUAGCCGGUCUCCGGGCCCUCACUGAAGACUCCUCAGUCACCAGAGACAAAGUGAGGGGCCAGGAAGACUGGUCAUGGUUUAACGUGCUCACAGCCACUGGCUUUUUUGCAUUUGAGAAUGUUGCACUUCACGCCUCCAGUGUGGUGUUUUGGUCAUUCGACCUCCCACUGGCCACGCACCAUUUCUUCGCCCUGUCAGGAUAUGUUGGGGCGGUGGUGUGGGAUUCCCUGGGUCACUUCCUGCCCAUGGUCACCCUCCUGCUGGAGAUGAGCACGCCAUUCACCUGUAUAUCCUGGAUGCUGCUGAAGGCUGGCUGGGCACGCACUCUGUUCUGGAAAGCCAACCAGUGGGUGAUGAUUCACAUGUUUCACUGUCGCAUGGUACUCACUUACUACAUGUGGUGGGUAACCUUGACCCACCGGGUGGAUCUGUGGACCCACGUGCCCCUGCCCCAGCUAAUACUCUUCUUCACUGGCCUCGCUCUGCUCACACUUAUCAUCAACCCCAUAUGGACCCACAAGAAGACAAUGCAGCUUCUUAAUCCUGUGGACUGGAACUUUGGCAACAAGGCGAUCCCACGGAACGGCACCACCGACGGUCAGCCUGAGGCUUCUGGUAAACCUCAUGCCAGUUAAGGAGUAUCAUCUGUGUCAUUUCCUGUUUCAUUUAUGGCUUUUUAUUUUAUUAUUUGACACUGAGUGUGAGCUGACUUUUGAUGGAUGCCUGUUUUAAAUUCUACAUUUGUUAGAUUGGGACUUCUUUUUAAGCACCUUGGGGUCUCUAGUCCCUUGUGUAGCAAUCGUCAUCAUAGCAAGGUGGGCAGAAAGUCCCAGUCUGCGUUUUCUUGUCAGACUUCGGGUAAAAGAAGUUUGUGUGUCUCCAUUUCCUUUGUUGUCGGGUUUGAAAAAUGGCGUUUUUGAUUCUUGUGAAGGAGUCUCUCUCAUGACUCAUCCAGUGACAUCACUGGCCACCCUGGCCAAUCGGUGGCAUGAAGUCUUCCGAUGUCACGUUUUUGUUUCGACUCAGCUCCUCACAAACUCUCCUAAUGGAAACCCUUUAAACUGAGUAGUUGAGUUGUGUCUGUGCUAGUGGAAAAGAGACUUUGCUCCUGAAAGGUUUACAUAUGAUCAUAAUAGAGUGUGCAACAUAAUCUUUCACUGCACAGUUUUUAUUUCGAUUUGCUUUUAUUUCAGGACUCUGGUAUUACUGUCGGGGUUUUUCCAGGCUCAGAAUAGGACUUUGUGGUUCACCGUGCACACAAGUGUUAUCGAUCCAGCCAAGAGUCGGCGAUGGUGCGAUUUCACACCUUUUAACAAGUGUUGCAAAUAUCCACUUUUAAAGUAAUAAAUUACUUUUUGUCACUAUAAAAUAUGUAUGAGAGCAGCUCCUGCAUUAAAAAUCAUUAAGUUAAAGAUCAACAAAAGCUUUAAUGAGCAAAAUCUGCUUUGAGAUAAAGACCAGAAUGAAAACUGGACUUAAAUAUGAGUUGGGAGUAGAUGUUGUCGGCCCACAGCUGUUUCUAGUGUGUAGCUGUUGAAAGUGAAAUAAGCUCCAUCUGUUUAGGGAAGUGUGAGGUGAGCGUGGAGUGUCUCUAAAUCAAAGCACUGUAAACUCCAGAGUGGACCCUUUGUUACACAGCUCUGCUGACUGAGUGGGGUAAGACUGGAUCAAGUUUGAGGAUGACCUCUUAUAGGUUUACUCAUUGAAGUUAUUAGAUACUAAGUGUUGAUCAGAUUGGUGUGUUUGUACUGCAUCAGCAGAGAGAGAAGCAUUGAUCAUGGCGGUGUCGGAGGAGGCCUUACACUGUGUCACAGCAGUCCGCUUCACAAAGGCUUUACUGUGCUGAAAAAAUACUGAACUCGUGCUUACACUCAGCAAACCUCUGACCCUGAUAAUUGUGGUUUAAACUGGUGCCGCUCUGCUGCAGUCCAUCUUUAUUUAUGGUAUAUUCUAAAAUCCACUGAGUUUUUAUGUGUGUGCGAUUUUUAUAAAAACACACUAAUGGUGAUUGUGUGUGUUCCUGUAUUUAAACCAUAGGAAAGAUUUUAUUUGUCCUUCGCUGCAAAUGUUCUACUUCUCCUCAAUAUCCCACUUUAACAGCUCUUCUUUUAUUUCUCAUUAUUCGAAUAGAAUAGCCCUGUAUUGUUAUUGUACAUGGAAAACAGAAUCAUGUGUUAUAUUCAGUAAUUUUUUAACACAUUUUAAUUGUCCACAUAGUUUUACUUUUCUUUCUACAGCAUGCACAUUAACACCUGUGGCUCGGCCUGCACAAAAGCUGCCCAGCAAACAAGUGAAGCCCUCGUUAGAUGUUUUCCUGCCUGUGUGUUAAAUAAAGUGGAAAACGCUUCAAAGCCACAGUCCAGUAGAUUUAAACCUUUUGCUUUUCACGCCUUCAGUAAUUGAAUCUUCACAAAGAGGGAAAUGUUGAUUUAACUGUAGCUCUGAUCAUGUUGGAUUCAGAUUAUAAAAUUAGAGAACUAACAUGGGACAGAUACCCUGUUGAUUCACUGCCAUAUACAAACAGCUUUUGUGUUAUGUAUGUUGGACUAUGCAUUCAUUUAAACGACCGAGUUUCAAAAUAAAGUGUUUUCUUGUU